AUGCAUGAAAGCCGAACAUGUUCGUCGUUGGAAAAGAAACUAAGCGCCAUAAAAGCAGAGAAAGAAGCAUUAGAAACCCAAAUCAUCCAGCUGGAGUUACAGCUCGAAGAAGACAAGCUAACAAGGAAAGAAGAUGAAAAGAGAUUGAAAGAAGCAUUAGAAACCCAAAUCACCCAGCUGGAGUUACAGCUCGAAGAAGACAAGCUAACAAGGAAAGAAGAUGAAAAGAGAUUGAAAGAAGCAUUAGAAACCCAAAUCACCCAGCUAGAGUUACAGCUCGAAGAAGAUAAGAUAAAAAGGAGAGAAGAUAAAAAGAAAUUGAAAGAAGAAAUCAUACAACUCAGGUUUAAAAGGGAUGCCUUGAAAAAGUCAAACCAUGAACAACUGACAAGAAUAGAAAAAUUAACACGAAAACAAGACACAACCAGGAGAAAGAACGAAGAGGUUAUAAAAGAAUUGGAGGAAAAGAUUAAGAUUCUUAAGGCCGAGAACGAAGUAUUACGGAAUCCAAAAGAGCUCAUUCAGUUAAGGGAAAAAAACACUCAGCUGUCAAUUGAAAUAGCAGAGCUUGACGAAAUAGUGAGGAAAGAUGAGUCGAAUAGCAAGAGGCUACAAGAGAAGCUUGAUAAGUACAUCAACUGCAAAAGGCAUGUUUUCUCACCAACUUCAACGCAAUUCGGCGACAGCUGUAAAGGUGUUAUAUGCUUCUUAAAAAGAGAGUCGGCUAAACUAUUAGCUUACAGAUCCUCCGAUGGCGUGGGAAGUGCGAAUGACAUAUUUGACCAUAGCAGGGGCACCAUCAGCGGAACAGCAGAAAUUAAACAUUCGUGGUGGUAUAUUGAUCUGGGCUCAUGUUAUCAGCUUGUAAUUACAAACUGCUCUUUGAGAGACGGUAAAAGGAACGGAGAGUCGACACUUAUGAAUUGGCGACUAGAGGGAUCUAAUGACGGAGAGAACUGGGAAGUAUUUGAAACUGUAAUCAACAUGAAGGAUCCACAUUGCAAGUGUGUAGAUAAGUCUUUAUAUCAUUCACGCCUAUGGUCUCUAAGAGGGGAAAUAAAACCUUUUCGCUAUUUUCGAAUUUUCCAAACGGGUGUCAAUUCCUCCGGAAAAUAUGGAAUAUACCUAUCUGGAGUUGAGCUGUACGGAAUACUUCUAAAAGCAGAGAGCUAACAGCUACAUGGAGGC